CAGUGUUAAAUGAUCUGACUUUUCAGGGAGAAGAUGGAAAAUCCUGUGGCUGGUUCUGAUGGUCUGUCUUUGAAGAGUGACCGCUCCAUGGGCCGAUACAUGGAGUUUAACAGUGAAGCUCCUUGUGAUCAUCCUAGAGAAAGUCCAGAGGGUCGUGCAAGUGAGAGGACUCAGCUGGACGCCAUCUUCAUGAUUUUACAGGAAAACAAAAUUACAAUUGUUAAAACCGAGUUAAGGAGUUUACUCAGGCCUUUUGACUCAGAUCCCCCAGAGUGGUUUGAGAGGGAGGAAGAUGAGGAGCAGACCAGCAGAGGGCAUUUUCUGAAGAUCAGCCUGGACUUUCUGAGAAGGAAGAAGCAGGAACAGCUGGCUGAGCACCUGCUAUACGGUGAAAAUCUAGGAGUUUGUUGCCAAAAUCUCAAGAGAAUUCUCCAACAGAGGUUCACCUGUGUGUCUGAGGGCACUGCAAAGCCAGGAAACCCAACCCUCCUAAACCAGAUCUACACAGAGUUAUUUAUCACAGGAGGGCUCACAGGGAUCACCCAAGAACACGAGGUACAGCUCAUCGAGACCACAUGCCGAAGACCAGCCACACCAGAAUGCACCACCAACAAAAAGGGACAAACCAGAAUUGAUCUUACAGACACAGCACACAGGUCAUUCAGAAAAGAAACAAAUGAAAAAGAUAUCAUGCUUACAGAGCCACAAAUCAGAACAGUUCUGACUCAAGGUGUGGCUGGCAUCGGGAAAACAGUGCUCACUCAGAAGUUCUGUCUGGACUGGGCUGAAGGCAAAACCAACCAGGACCUCCAGCUGCUGUUCCCUUUCACUUUCAGAGAGCUCAAUGUGCUCAGAGACACACAGUUCAGCCUGGUGGAGCUGCUGCACCACUUCUUCAGUCCAUCCAAACAUCUCUGCAGCUUCCAACAGCUCCAGGUGCUCUUCAUCUUUGACGGUCUGGACGAGUGCAGACUUCCUCUGGACUUCAGGCAAACCCGGGUCCUGACUGACCCCACAGAGUCCAGCUUUGUGCACGUGCUGUUGGUGAACCUCAUCAGAGGGAGCCUGCUUCCCUCCGCUCGCCUCUGGAUAACCACAAGACCCGCAGCGACCAAUCAGAUCCCUGCUGAGUGUGUCUCAAUGGUGACAGAGGUGCGAGGGUUCACUGAUCUUCAGAAGGAGCAGUACUUCAGGAAGAGUUUUAAAAAUGAGCAGCAGGUCACAGUCGUCAUCUCCCACAUCAAGAGCAUCCACAGCCUCCACAUUAUGAGCCACAUGCCGAUCUUCUGCUGGAUCCUCUCCACCGUCCUGCACCAUGUGAUACAAAAUGGCAUAACACACCAGCUGCCCCAAACUCUGACCGAGAUCUACAUUCACUUCCUGGUGGUCCAGGCCAAAGUGAAGGGCAUCAAGUAUAACAGCUGCUCUGAGACAGACUCUCCCUGGACUCCAGAGACCAGGGAGAUGGUCCUGUCUCUAGGGAAGUUGGCCUUUGAGCAGCUGCAGAAAGGAAACCUGAUCUUUUAUGAGUCAGAUCUGAGUGAGUGUGGACUGAAUGCUGAAGAGGCCUCAGUGUACUCUGGAGUGUUCACACAGGUCUUUAGAGAGGAGCCAGGCCUGUACCAGGACAAGGUCUACUGCUUCUUACAUCUGAGUGUGCAGGAGUUCCUGGCUGCACUUCAUGUUUAUCUCACCUUCAUCGUGUCUGGAGUCAAUCUGUUAUCAUGGGGAAAAAUACCAAUUUCACCCAAGUCUAUCGUUAAAAUAAAAUCUCAACAACUGGUAGAGUUUCUGCAGUCUGCAGUGGACCAGGCCUUAAAGAGCCCAAAUGGACAUCUGGACCUGUUUCUGCGUUUCCUCUUGGGUCUGUCUCUGUCGGUAAAUCAGUGUCUCCUACAGGGUUUGCUUCCUCAGACAGUAGUUAGCUCACAAACCAUCAAGAAAACUGUGGAGUAUAUCAAGACAAGGAUUCAUGAAAAACAAGAAGCAGAGCGAAGCAUUAAUCUGUUUCAUUGUCUAAAUGAACUGCGGGACUGUUCUUUGGUAAAGCAGAUUCAUCAGAACAUAACCUCUCCCCUCCCAAAAUUAUAA